GUUGCUAGCUAAUCAAUGAACAAAGUUGCCAAGACAUUGCAAAUAUCAGUGACUUGAAAUUAGAGCCUGAAUUUCAUACUUGGCUUUCGGUUUUUCAUCGAUUCAAGGGCUCUUAACGAGUGGUGAGCUGGUCAUGACAUCCAACGAUGGAAACGUCGACGCUUCAUCAACCAGACCACUGAAACCUUCUGAUUCGAAAACCAAAACCGAUGAUGUUUUCGACUUGUAUAUGGUUGCCAUCACUUGUCUUAUCUACAUGGUUGUUGCCAUGGUAUCCUUUUAUUUCGUCAUACACCAAUUCUAUGGAAAGAAAACAAACAGCGUCCUUGAUGCUUAUUAUUUCACCAUUGUCUUAAUGACUUCUAGUGGAUAUAAAGACCUUACUCCUCGUAGCGAUCUCGCAAUACUACUCGCCAUUUUCUUCACGAUCAUGGGUAUAGUUCUUUUUGGGGCACUGAUGAGUCUAGGUGCGGACCUCUUCUUAGUCACGCAACUGGAAAAAAAAGAGUUACUUGAUUCUGUGAAAAAACAUGAAACAGUGCAGUAUCCAAGCGCAAUGAAAAAAAGGUGGAAAGUGUUAGCAGCCAUGGUUGCGGUCCAUAUAUUUGUUGGGACGCCUCUCUUGGCAUUCAUCGGGAAUAUGGACCUUUUUCGCGCCUUAUACUGUGUCUCUUCAACGAUUACAACCGUGUUAAGUACCAAUAAAUGCUUCUCAACGAAAGCGAGACGCAUCAUUGCACUAAUCUGGAUAUUAUAUGGAAUGAUUACUUUAAGUUGUGUGCUCUAUACUUUCUCGGAGGCAUGGACUCAGAGAAGCAAAUGGUUGUUCUUAAAAAUGAAAACCAAAUCUGGAUUUCAAGACUUGCAGCCCAGUGAUCUUGAUGAUGAUGGCUUUAUAAGACUUGAAGAAUAUGUACUUCAUAAGCUAAAAGAGAAUAAAAGGUCCCGCGGAGAUGACACAGAAACGACGAUCAAAGAAGUUAGAAUAUUCAUCAAGAACCAUCCGGAACUACUUGGCAAAGAACAUUCUAAAGGUAGAAACCAAGAUUCAUCAACCACACCUCCACGAAAGCCUUCUAUCAAAGAUCAUAUACUGGAGCCCGAGAACCUAGAUGAUAUACGGAAGAUAAUCAUCUCCUUUGUUAUCUACUUGGUUUCGAGUGCGGUGAUCUUUUAUGUCGUCAGAUGCCACAUUUCUGGAAAGAAAACAAACAGCAUCCUCGAUACUGUUUAUUUCUCGUUUGUUAUAAUGACUUCUGUUGGGUAUGAAGACCUUUCUCCUGACGAUCACCCUCUUGCACUAAUCUUUGCCUCUCUCUUCUCCCUCCUGGGUUUGUUUGUUAUCGGGCUGGUGCUAAGUAUGGCUUUAGAAGUUUUAGACAAGCAACGAGAAGAUCAAAAGCGUAGAAUUAGAUCAGGUAAGGAUGACACAACUGCUACUGCAAAGGAACCCAAGAAAGAGAUUAAGAAGUGCAUAAUAAUAGUGGUCUUGUUUCUGAUCCAUAUGUCUGUUGGGAUGGCUGUCUUGGUUUUCAUCGAGGAUUUGGACUUUAUUCAUGCCUUGUAUUGUAUCAGUAUAACAAUCACAAGUGCAGGUACCGAAAAAUGCUUCUCAACAAAACGCGGAAGGGUCUUUGCACUAGUCUUGAUGUUACUUGGUACUGUGUAUAAAGGUUAUGUGCUCUUUACUUUUACCAAGGUGUACACCCAAAUAAAACUACGAUCAAGAGAAGUGAAGAAAAACAUAACACCUCAAGAACCUGAGGAUUCUCCACCAGUGAAGAUUGAUUAUGAUUAUGAUUAUGAUGCUGGAAUACUACGUGCUGAACCAGUACAGUUGUCUGAUAAUGAAGUUGAUCAUGAUGUUGAAAUGGCAGCAUGUCCUCAGUCUCAGAGUCCAAUAGAGGAGGGAAUCCCCAGCCAAUCAGAAGUCGAUAUGGCAGAUAUCAUGAAAGAGUUUCGAAGACUUGAUGUCAAUGGCACUGGUAGGUUGACGUUACACGAAGUAAUGACGUCGUAACAAUAGUCUUGGUAUAAUCUGCAACACUGAUGCAGCUCGAUAUGAAACCAUGUUCCCAUUCAGCCGUUUAUGUAAUUUGAUUAAGCUCCGUAAACAAAAUAUGUUUUGGUAGAUUCAUUCAUUUUUAUGACUUCUGAUUUUGUCAAUACAUGUUUAUUUAUGCUUCAUAAGAGAUUAUGUUAAACUUAAAACACUUAAUAAAUAAGAUUGUUUGGUUUUG